UCUGAGCCACAUCUUCCACUAAAUGAUAAAACCGCUACAUCGGGAACUUCGCGCGUGCAUUUACCCAAAAUCCAGCGUGAAUACAACUUAUUUCACGGUUGACUUGACGAUAUCACAGCCUCGCGUCUGAUUUGAAGACUGUCGAUCAGCAAUUUUGGGGGGUUUGCGUGAGGCUAAGUUAACGGUCAAGUUAGACUGCAGCUGACGACUCGUAGUGGAAAGUGUCUUCAGCCCAGCUGGACCGAACUGGACUUCCAAGCCAGAAGACCUCCACUUCAAACAGGAGCAGAGGAAGGCGAGUCGUCCACCAGCACCCUCCAGCCAGGCCACCCAGCGAGUGCUCCGCUAUGGGGAAACAGAACAGCAAGCUGCGGCCCGAGGUCCUGAACGACCUGCGAGAGAACACGCAGUUCACCGACCACGAGCUGCAGGAGUGGUACCGAGGCUUCCUCAAGGAUUGUCCCACGGGACACCUGACGGUGGAGGAGUUCAAGAAGAUCUACGCCAACUUCUUCCCCUACGGAGACGCCUCCAAGUUCGCCGAGCACGUCUUCCGCACCUUCGACACCAACGGGGACGCCACUAUCGACUUCAGGGAGUUCAUCAUCGCCCUGAGCGUCACCUCGAGGGGCGGGCUGGAGCAGAAGCUGCGCUGGGCCUUCAGCAUGUACGACCUGGACGGGAACGGCUACAUCAGUCGGGCGGAGAUGCUGGAGAUUGUUCAGGCCAUUUACAAGAUGGUGUCGUCGGUGAUGAAGAUGCCUGAAGACGAGUCGACGCCAGAGAAACGGACGGAUAAGAUCUUCAGACAGAUGGACACGGAUAAUGAUGGUCGGCUGUCGCUGGAGGAGUUCAUCAAAGGUGCCAAGAGCGACCCGUCCAUCGUCAGGCUGCUGCAGUCGGACCAGGGAGCCUCUCAACACUUCUGAGCAGAGACAAUCUCACACACUCACACACUGCGUCAUCAUCAUCAUCUUCAUCAUCCGGGUGGUCGCCACUUGACCCUCCUCUCAUUAAGCCUCACUCCACGUCUUAAUGUUUACAUCCAUCUUCUUCUCUGUGAGCUGCUCGUGUUUCACUUCUCGCCGGAGAAACUUCUGCUCUGCCCCGCAAGUGAAGUGCCAUAGUCACAUGACCACUUUGUGCUCCAAGUAUUACGGCCGUCGGAGGACUCUAAUUAAAACAGUAUCAUUUAGUUCCACAGCAGCAUGGUGCAUUCACAGCUGCAUCGUCCGCUCUGAUGACUGAAUUUAUUAUUGUUUUUCUUUUUAUUUUCAAUAUGUUUUUUUCCCUAUUUAAAUUGAAGGUCAUUGGUUAAGCUGAAAUUAUACAAGAAAAUCUGAAAACAUUGUUUCUCUUUUUAAUUUGUAUAUGAAAAAUGUUUCCUAUUUGAACCAUUAGUUCUCUUUUUAUGAAGCAUUUUUAUGAAUACAUUUUUUUUUCUCAAUCAUUAUACCUAGCAAUUCACUAAAAUGGAGGAGUUAAUGAUUUUAAUGUAUUAAAAUAAACUUUUUUUUCCCACACAUUCAAAGCAUUUUUCAACUUAAAUUGAAUAGAAGAAAACCAACAGUGCAGCACUGCUGGGUGGUGCAUUUACGAGCAGGAUGUGGUGGAAUUGUGAGGCAUUUCAGUAUUUACAAAGAAAGUUUACUUUUGAAUUGAGAAAAGCAGUUUGUUUUGGUAGGAAGUGAAGUCAUUUUUAACAAAAUACACCUACAGAAUUGAUCCAGAGCUGAUGAGUCAGUGAAUGCAUCAUGCUGCUGUAUUUGUUUUCAGUGAACUUGUGCAGGAAAAUAUUUGCUUGUUGAUGUUGUGCAUGCGCUCUGUGACCGUAUUUCUCCCGUGAAGACAGAGGCAGUGGCGUGUUUUUAUCCUUUUUAUUUUUGUAACAAAAAAAAUGUUUGUUUUCACACAGUUCAAUAAAGUCGUGUAAGAAAAAUCUACACA